AUGAAAGGGGCGUGGCGGCUUGAGGAGAGCUUCAGCGGCAGCGGCGCGGCGGAGGACGAGCGGCAGCCUCCUCCUCGCGCGGCGCGGAGAGAGCGCGGCGCCUUCCCGGACCUUUCUCGGAACCUUCCUGCAGGCACGCUCCUCUUCCGCGGCGCGGAGAGCGCGGAGCGCGGCGCGGCGGACGGGUUUGGCCGCAGCCCGGCCGGCCGCGUCGGCGGGGCGAUCGAGCGCAAGGGCCUCUGGAAGCUGCGCCGCGGUGCGGCAGGCACUUUCACCUACGCUGGCCGCAUCGUCGUGACGAGCUAUGCUGCCGACGGAUUGCCGGUUGCGUCUAUCGAGGGCGAGAUCAUCGAGCUUGUCAACGGGGGCAAGCCGAAGGGAGGCUCCGAGAGGAGGGUGGGGACGUUUUUCGCGAAGCUCGAGCGGAGACUGACCGCCGCAGAGGAGGCGGCGGCGUCAGCAGACUCGGCGGCCUCGGGGGGAGCGCCCGAGGCGUUGCAGGUGACGCCGGUCAUGGAUGGGCGCUUAGUGUACAAACAAUGAGAUUUCCUUACGUUAUUUGUUACUG